UUGAUCAGCAGUUGAAUCCUAACAGAUCACCCAAUCUGAGUCCUUGCAUGGUCUUCUUCAACCUCACCAUCUCAAACCAUUACACCUCGGCGCACGUUAGCCUCCGCCACCGACACCUGCCACGAACACUGACACUCCAAACGCGAUUUCCCCUUAACCUACACCCAUUCCAUUCCCUCACCACCACCACCAACCUCGCUGAUCGAACAAGCAACAUCACCCUCACACUUCUCCACUUUCCCAAUCCCAAUCGAUCGAAGAAAUCAUCAAACAAUGAUGGACUCCGAGAAUCAUACCUCGGAGGAGCACCACCACCACCCUCUCUCCGCCGCCGCCGCGCCCAGAGAAGAAAUGGAAAGCCUCGCCCUCCACGACGACGACGGCAACGGCGAGGUUUUGUCCAGCAGUAAAUCCUACUCCAACUACCGCAGCGUCAUGAGCACUCUCUCCGAAUCCCGACACCCUCUCUCGCCGCCGAUCGUCUCCACUCCCGCCGAAUCCGAUCCCCUCCUAUCUCCGCCGAUGAAUCACCACCACAACCGGGAAUUCUCAAACCCUAACUCCCACGAUACUUCCUCCUACCUCGACCCGCCAUCCUACGCCGACGCUGUUUUCAGCCCCUUCGACGGAGAAACCGCCUCCAACUGUGUCGAUAGCCCUACGAGCAGCUCUGAUGGGCUUUCCCUCUCGAGAUCCCCUUCUUCGAGCUCGGAGUAUUUGAAAAUAACCGUUUCGAAUCCGGUGAAGGAGCAGGAGAAUUCGAAUUCGAUUGUUCCCGGUGGGAGUAGUUACGUGACGUAUUUGAUCACGACGAGGACGAAUGUUCUGGAGUUUGGCGGGUCUGAGUUCGCGGUGAGGAGAAGGUUUAGGGAUAUUGUGACGCUAUCCGAUCGGUUAUCGGAGGCGUAUAGAGGGUUUUUCAUUCCGCCGAGGCCGGAUAAGAGCAUUGUGGAGAGCCAGGUGAUGCAGAAACAGGAGUUUGUGGAGCAGAGGAGGGUGGCGUUGGAGAAGUAUCUUCGAAGAUUGGCGGAUCAUCCGGUGAUCAGGAAGAGUGAUGAGUUCAGGGUGUUCCUGCAGGUUCAGGGGAGGAUGCCGCUGCCAUUGACGACGGACGUGGCAUCGAGGGUUUUGGAUGGUGCGGCGAAGCUUCCCAAGCAGUUGCUAGGGGAGAGUGUGAUUGCCCCGCACGAGGUUGUGCAGCCUGCCAAAGGGGGAAGGGAUUUGAUGAGGUUGUUUAAGGAGUUGAAGCAGUCUAUGGCUAAUGACUGGGGAGGUUCCAAGCCACCGGUUGUGGAGGAAGACAAGGAGUUCCUGGAGAAGAAAGAAAGGAUUCAGGAACUUGAACAGCAAAUCAAUGGUGCAUCUCAGCAGGCCGAAUCACUUGUCAAAGCACAGCAAGAUAUGGGAGAGACAUUGGGUGAAUUAGGGUUGGCAUUUAUUAAAUUGACAAAAUUUGAGAAUGAAGAGGCUGUCUUGAACUCGCAGAGGGUACGGGCUACUGACAUGAAAGGUGUUGCAACCGCUGCUGUUAAAGCUAGCAGAUUAUAUCGAGAAUUAAAUGCUCAGACUGUGAAGCAUUUGCAGGAUACGCUUCAUGAAUAUCUUGGAUUAAUGUUGGCAGUUCAUAGUGCAUUCUCGGAUCGUUCUAGUGCACUGUUGACAGUGCAGACUCUUCUAUCAGAACUGUCUUCUUUGCAGUCAAGAGCUGAAAAACUUGAAGCAGCAUCAUCUAAAAUUUUUGGAGGUGACAAAUCGAGGAUUCGUAAGUUAGAGGAGCUACAGGAAACCAUAAGAGUCACUGAAGACGCCAAAAACAUUGCAAUUAGAGAAUACGAGCGGAUCAAGGAAAACAAUAGGAGUGAACUUGAAAGACUGGAUAGCGAGAGGCAGGCUGACUUCUUAAACAUGUUGAAAGGAUUCGUAGUUAAUCAGGUGGGGUAUGCUGAGAAAAUAGCUAAUGUCUGGACAAAAGUUGCUGAAGAGACACGAAAAUAUGUGAAUGAAAGCACUUAAGCUCUGGCUAUUAAUUUGAUUUUCAUCCUUAUUCAUUGAUGUAGCAUUAUGUAGUCAUGACAAUAAACAUAAUGAAGCACUUUGGGGGCUUUUUCUCACUUGUAUCACAAAGAACAUUUCUUACACAUCAUUCCAAGGAUACUUGGUGUUGUACAUUACUUGCUAUAAGUUUGGCUCCUGCAGCUUUUCCGA